AUGUCUUAUUUUCCAUUACUGUUUUUCUUCCAUUUACAGAAAGUUUUCAUUCUUUCUCUUGGAUGUGGUUUUCUUUCUUUUACAUGUUGUUUUCUUAAUAUUGUGUGUUCUUUCAUUUCUUUUCAUAAUGUUCACUUCUAUUAUCGCAUAGCCUUUCUCUUUUUGGUAUUGUUAUCUUUUUUGUGCAUUGUUUCUCUCUUUUUCACAUUGUUUUCUUUCCUUUUUUAUAUUCUUUUCUUUCUUUUAUACACUUUUUUUUCGUUUUGUCAUUGCUUUCUUUCAUUCAUCUUCAUAUUUUCUUACAUUUUCGAGUUUUUCUUUUCCUAUUUUUAUUCUUUCUUUUUGACAAAGUUUACUUUCUUUCUUUCUAUAUUGAUUUUUCACGUAGUUUUAUUUCUUUUUGACCUAGCUUUCUUUCAUUCAUUUUCACAUGGGUUUUUCUUUUCAUAUUGUUGUUUCUUUGUUUCUUUCUUUCUUUGUUUGUUUGUUUCUUUCUUUCUGUACAUGAUUUCCAUUCUUUUCUUUGUUUUUAUUUGCUGCCAGCGUAAAAUAUAUAUUAAAUUUAUCUAUCUAUCUGAUAAACUAUAUUCAUAUCUAUCUAUCUAUCUAUCUAUCUAUCUAUCUAUCUAUCUAUCUAUCUAUCUAUCUAUCUCAUUCUCUUCAGCUCCGUCUCUAUCUAUCUGCUUAAGUCGGUUCCUAUCUAUCUAUCUAUCUAUCUAUCUAUCUAUCUAUCUAUCUAUCUAUCUCAUUUUCUUUGUCUCUCUCUGUCUCUCUCUCUCUGUGUGUUUAACUCAUUUUCUUCGUCUCUCUCUCUCUCUCUCUCUCUCUCUCGGUUUAAGUCGGUUUCUAUCUAUCUAUCUAUCUAUCUAUCUAUCUAUCUAUCUAUCUGCUGUCUCCAUAUCUUUAGACAUAUUUUUAUCUAUCUAUCUAUCUAUCUAUCUAUCUAUCUAUCUAUCUAUCUAUCUAUCACAGCCUUUUCAUAUCUAUCUAUCUAUCUCAUCAUUUUCUAUCUCUCAAACUUUUAUUAUCUAUCUAUCUAUCUAUCUAUCUAUCUAUCUAUCUAUAUAA